ACGAAAACAACGGUUGGCCCUCUUGGCGCGCGAUAAAGAGAAAUGAAAGCCUCUCUACCCUACCCUUUAGUUUGUUAGUUUUAUGCACAAAGAAAGUAAUUUGGAACCUUGACUUCCAAUAAUGGAUGAAAGCGCAACGUGGAGACUCCUUGAAUCGGAUUGGUACUCUCCAAGACGACUCCACGACUGUCCCACCCAUUACAGUUUUCCGGGGGAUCGCUUCUUACCCAACAGAUGUUUGAUGGAUCUUGAUAAAGCCCACACUUUGUUGACCAGCAAGACCCCGCAGUUCAACACUAGUUCAAAUUUCAAUCAAGCAUAUCGUCAAAAACUGAUAGAGAAUCUAUCUUUAGAUUCUCAAGGGAGACCAUUUAAGAUAAUGGUUUUCAGGGGAAGCCCAAAAUCCAGUCGAAAAUCCAUUCGUUUUGUUGAUGAGUUGAGACAAGAAGUUGCAGCCAUAUUUGAAAAAGAUUGCAAACAAACUCCAUACCGAUGCAUCCCCAAGGGAGAAAAGAGGGUUUUGGAUGCACCAAGGCUCAGAAAUGACUACUAUUCGAACAUCAUGAGUUGGGGUAUAAACAACAUUCUUGCUGUUGCUUUGGGUCCCGAACUCUACUUAUGGAACUCAGAGGACCAGGCAGUACACAAGUUGUUGCAGGUUCGUGGUGGGAACGAUUGGCCUACGAGUGUAACCUGGUCCGAGGAUGCCAGUACUUUAGCUGUUGGAUAUAUGUGCUCCAAUCUUCAGCUCUGGGAUGUUGAGUCUUCCAAACUUAUCAGAAGCCUUCAAGGUCAUAGUGGAAGGAUAGCAUCCACAGCAUGGAAUGGUCACAUUUUAACAUCAGGAAGCCGUGACAAAUCCAUUAUCAAUCAUGAUGUUAGAGCAGCAAACAGCUUGGCUUCCUGCAUAAAAAGACAUGCUGAUGAAGUGUGUGGCUUGAAAUGGUCAACUGAAGGCAAUAGAUUGGCAAGUGGAGGCAAUGAAAAUCUGUUAUAUAUAUGGGAAGCUUCAAAAAUGAGUUCAUCCAAAUUUCUACAUCGACUCAGUGAUCAUUGUGCUGCAGUCAAGGCCCUUGCUUGGUGCCCUUACCAGAACAAUGUUCUUGCCUCUGGGGGAGGCUUGAGUGAUGGUUGUAUUAAGAUAUGGAAUACAGAAAAAGGAAUUUGCAUUAACAACAUAGAAACCAAAGCACAGAUUUGUGGCCUGGAGUGGAACAGACAUCACAAGGAGAUAUUGAGUGGCCAUGGUUACAGCAUAAGGGAGAAUCAGAACAAACUGUGCCUAUGGAGGUACCCUUCAAUGACCAAAGUGGGGGAGUUAGGGAAUCACAAAUCCAGAAUUAUCAACCUAUGCCAGAGCCCUGAUGGAAUAACUGUGAUAUCUGCUGGGGCAGAUGAGACCCUUCGAUUUUGGGACGUGUUUGGACCCCCUACUGCUGGUGCUGGGAACUCAAUGGUUUCAGAUCUUCAAGGUCUUUUGUCUUUUAGAACAUCCCUAUUAAGGUAAUAGCAUGGGGUGCAAUCAUUCGAAACAUGCUACCAUCCUUUUAAUUUAUUUUGGUUGUUCUUAGAUAUUCAGAGCUAGUUUCUUUUUCUUUUUUCCUCUCACUGUAUACCUUUACUACUGAUAUUAUUAAGGAAAUUAGUUCAUGCAAGUAGCAUAAGCAAAAAUUAAUGAAAAGAAUACAUAAUUUGCCCA